AUGGCCAGAAUACUCUUCUCCAUCCUCCUCUCAUAUGUGUGCAUUACCGUCGUCGCAUGCCACGGCCUUGAUACUUCGCCGCCGAAGUUCCCCGCUGUUUUGAUCUUCGGCGAUUCAACGGUCGACACCGGCAACAACAACUACAUUGGUACAUUGUUUAAGGCCAAUCAUUCUCCGUACGGUGUGGAUUACCUCGAUCAUGUGGCCACGGGUCGCUUUUCGGAUGGACGGCUAGUGCCUGAUAUGUUGGUGUCCGAGCUGGGCAUCAAGGAAUCGUUACCGCCGUUCUUGAAUAGACAGUUAUCAGACGAUGAGAUUAAGACUGGCGUGAGCUUCGCGUCGGCGGGGUCUGGUAUCGAUGACCUCACCACGAUGGCGUCAGGCGUGAUACCAGUGUCGCGGCAACCGUUGAUGUUUAACAACUAUAAAAAUAGGCUUAAGUCGAUCGUAGGUGAUGAAGAGGCUAAUAAGACCAUUAGCAAUGCACUCAUCUUAAUUAGUGCAGGAACUAAUGACUUUAUAUUCAACUGGUAUGAUAUUCGUUCAAGGAGAUUGCAGUUCCACAACAUUACUGGGUACCAAGAUUUUCUACAGCAAAGGCUACGUAAUCUACUCAUGAAAUUAUACCAUCUCGGCGGUAGAAAGUUCAUAGUGGCGGGCCUUCCGCCAAUCGGCUGCCUCCCAUUUCAAAUAACUGCAAAAUUUAAGAACCCAUUGCAACGGGCGUGCAUUGAAGAACAAAACUCGGACGCUACCAUCUACAAUGCUAAGCUCAAGAAUAUGUUGCUCGAAAUCCAGUCUUCGCUAUCUGGAAGCAGAUUCAUCUAUGGUGGUAUUUAUGAUUUGGUGAUCGACAUGGUCAAUCAUCCCGAAAAAUAUGGAUUUGUGGACACCAACAAAGGAUGUUGUGGGACCGGUUUUCUUGAAAUGGGCCCACUUUGUAACAUCUUCACUCCCCCUUGUGUGGAUGCUUCUAAGUUCUUAUUUUGGGACGCCGUACACCCAACGGAAGCAGCCUACAAAGUACUUUCAAAAUAUCUACUCGAGCUUCUUCCUGCGCUGUACUGAGGGCAUUGUAGGAAAUUCUACUGAUAUCAGUGUAUGCACAAGAUAAGCUAAUCUAUACCGUCCAUUUAUUGAUUGAACACACCCCAUCUAUUUUCUUUUUCUAGAGUCUUUUUUAUGAGAUAUAUGCAGUGCAAUUGACAAGUUUAAUGGAAAUGAUAGUUUUUUGGAUGGGCCGUUCAUAUGAUGAGAACUACUCUAGAUGGGCUAUGGUCCCACUGAAGGAGUAACAUUGACCAUCGAUUUUUUGUUUUUUUCUUUUCUUUGUUGGCUGUUUGUUUUCAACCGUUCGUUUUAAUCCAAGAAUCUGGGGGUCAAGUUCAACAUAAGUUGCACGGUUGCAAUCAUUUUGACCGUGGAUGCAGGUGCCCCCAGAUAAGUCCUACCAGAUGGACGGAUGACAGGAUUUCACCAACAGGUACUCUGGAACCUGGAUUGAGGAGUUUAUUUGAUGAGAAGAACUUUAAUACUCAGGCAGAAGGUGAUGGUUGAUAUGCAGGCACUUAUAGAUUAAUUACUUAGAAAUUGCAGACAUGGGCCACUGUUUAUGAAUAUCAUGGACCAAAAA